AUGUUAAUUAUGACGUCAUCCUCUGCGAUUCUCACCGGAGAAGACGAACGUCGGCCAUCAGAGGACGGCACGCCUACACAUUCUCAUCGUCGACGCUGGAGCACUCCGAUUGAUUCCGGCGGCGAAUCUCUACAUGACAGUUGCACCGUCGAGAUAAACUCGGGUCACGAGAGUCCCAAGUGCAGGGAACAUGGUGGAGUUAACCUCGACGAUUUCUUCUCGUGCUCGUCGGAUAAUAAAUACAGUUUCUAUCUAGGAGGGGAAAAAUCGCAGUGGGGAGCGUCGGAGCCACCGCUGCUCACGGAUCCGAGAUCAAUUGCGCCGCCGCGGACGAGGAAUGUUAGUGGAGAAGAAAGGAGAGGAAGAAGCGUGACGAGGAAGCAAGAUCUCCCACCGUUUCUGACGACACUGGAUUGUAACGGACGGCCGAGAUUCCACCACAGGAGGGUGAGAAGCGAGGGACGGCUAGAGAUUGCAAGCGUGGCAGUCGAUUCACCGGAGAUUGUCAGUGUUCGCGGAAGAGGAGGGCUCAGAAUCGGAACACUUCAGCUCCAGCUUCUUUUAUCGUGCGUGGAGAUGGAGGAGGAAGAGAUCGGAAAAGCUGCGAGAGCAAGAGCGAAGAAAGAAGUAGCGCAAGGGAGGGUUAUCGACAUCUAUGCUGCACAAUGCGACAAGUGUCACAAGUGGAGGGUGCUAGAGAGCCAGGAGACGUACGAGGACAUCAGGAGUAGAAUGCUGGAGGAGCCUUUCAGGUGCGACCAGAAACACGCGUCCUGUGAGGAGCCUGCGGAUAUAGACUACGACGCGUCUCGUACCUGGGUCAUGGACAAGCCUGGUCUUCCCAAAACCCCCAAAGGUUUCAAGCGGAGCCUUGUUCUCAGAAAAGACUACUCUAAGAUGGACACUUACUACAUCACUCCUAGCGGUAAAAAGCUUAGGAGUCGCAAUGAAGUCGCCUCCUUCGUUGAAGCCAAUCCCGAUUUCAGCUACGCGCCUCUUGGAGACUUCACUUUCACUGUCCCAAAGGUCAUGGAGGACACUCUCCCUCCUGAUGCCAGGCUUGCCUCUCCUCCCUCAGACAAGUGCAGCUCCAACAAGCCUUUCAGGGGAUAA